CCUGUUUCUGCAGAAUUCCCCCUGCAAACAAACAAAACCCAAGACCUUUCUCACUAAAUCCCUUAUAAUUAUAAUAUUAUUCAAGGGACAAAGUAAACGAACCCUAGGUGAUUCAAAGAGAAGGGGAGGGAGAGAGUGGAGCUUCACCUUCAAUUUAUUCUAAUGGAGUCUCUCUCACGUCCUUUUCACAGAAGAAAACUGUCAAAUGCCAAUAGUUUCUCCGGUAAGAACGCCUACGACGGAGUCUUUUCCGGCCACCGACCCAAGUUCGACGGAGUUCCGGCUGUUAACGUUGAUGAGUACCGUGAGAUUUUUAGCAGCGGUCAAGCUGCUUCUUCGAUUCCGGUUCUUGAUCUUUCAACUUUACAAGAAUCGUCUGAUGGUUCAAAUUUGGAACUUGGGAGUACGAAGCCAGAUUACGGUAAGAUUUUUGGUGGAUUUCGUGACGAAGACAUCGCUGUUUCUUAUGAAGAGUUGAUUGCUCGAGAUAAAGCUAGGGCUCGAUUGUCAUCAAGCCAAAGCUCUCAAGAUCUUGGUGAUGAUCUAAAUAAUCAAUCUUUUGAUGCAUUGAAGCAAUUUAACAUGUCGUAUAAUAAGAUCAAUCCAAGGAGUAAAGAUGGGUUAGAUGGGAAAACAACAACACAUGUGACACAAUUACAUGUUGUUCCUGGAUUUACUUGUUUUAUAGAUGAAUCGGCUUCUCAACUAAAAAAGGAAACCAAGAAGCAAAAAUCAUCUGUGUCAAAUAAAGUUCAUUCACCUGAGAAACAAACUUCACAAACUGCUGUUGAAUCUAAAAGUGAAUAUCAUCAAGAUGAAUCAUUAUCUGAUGAUAAAAAGAUUGAUCUCAAAUCACAUCCCUUCAAACUUUCAUCACCAAAGAUGGAAAUUGAGAUGCAAAAAACAUCAAUAGAAAAUGAAGUUCAUUCUCUUGAGAAAAAAACUGCUGUUGAAUCUAAAGGUAAAGAUCAUCAAGAUGAUAAAAAGGUCAAUCUAAAAUCACAUAACUCCAAAGUAUCAUCAUUGCCUACAGCUUCAGCAAUCAAUACUGAAGCAGCUUCACAAACAAAGAUGGAAACUGAGAAGAAAAAAUCAUCUGAAACAGAUAAUGUUCAUCUGAUAAAUUUCAUCAAGGGAGAUUUUCCUGAGAAAAAAGCUGUUGAAUCUGAAAGUAGAAAUCAUCAAGAUGAAUCCUUAUCUGAUGAUAAAAAGACUGAUCUCAAAUCACAAUCAUUACCAAAGAAGGAAAUUGAGAAGCAAAAAGCAUGUAUACCAAAUGAAGUUCAUUCUCUUGAGAAGCAAACUUCAGAAACUAUCAUUGAAUCUAAAGGAAAAGAUCAUCAAGAUGAUAAAAAAGUCAAUCUCAAAUCACAUAAUUCCAAAGUAUCACCAUCACUUACAGCUUCUGCAACAAAUGGUGAACCAAUACUUCAAUCAAAGAAGGAAACUGAUAAGAAAAUAUCGUCUGAAACAGAUGAUGAUUUUCUUAAGAAACAAACUUCACAAAGUGCUGUUGAAUCCAGGAGUAAACAUGGUCAAGAUGAAUCCUUAUCUGAUGAUCGAUUUUCUAAGAAAUUUGAGGCUGAUAUCAACUUACAUUCCUCUAGAGGAUCAUCAUCAUCAUCAUCAUCAUCAUCACCUGCAACUUCAGCAACUAAUGUAAAUACCUGGACAUGGAAAAAUGAUACUCCUGGAGCAUUUUCUUCUACUUGUUUUGAUGAAGAACUUGAUGUCAAUUCUGUUGCUGGUGCUUCUGCAGCUGCUUUAAGAAAAGCUAUAGAAAAGGCUCAAGAAAGUAUACGUAUUGCAAAGGAAGCAGUGGGUAGAAAGAAAGAAGGUCUUAAAAGCUUUUCAAGCAAAAGUUUCAAAGAUAGCUUGAAAGUUAAAGCUGCUAGAGUGGAAAAUGUAAGCACAGGCGAAGAACAGAAAGAAAAAGACAAUUGGAUUAAAGAAAUCUUUAAAGCUAGAAUGGCAAAUGUAAGUGCAUCACAAGUUUCUUCAAAUCAUAAGCAUGGAGACACAGUAGUUUUUUCAGAAUCUACAGAUGAUGAGAAGCUUUUUGGUGUCAAGAAGGUUAUAAAUGAAAUUCAUGAGAAAAGUUUGGAAACUGAAAAGAACUCUGAGAUACCAAUAAGAUCUUCUCAUGAGUUAAAAGAUGAUAAGAUUGUUUGUGAUUCUAAUGAAAAAGCUGUAGAACAUGCAACAAGGUCUUCUGAAGAGAUUGAAAAUGAAUCUUUGAAGAAAGAUAAUCAGAGACCAAAUGGUUUUUUUGUACUUGAAAGUUGUGAAAAUAUAGAGUUGAAGGAGAAUAAAGAUGAGGUGGGACCCAGUAAUUCUAAUAAACUUGCUGAAGAAACCAACAACUUAGCUUUGUAUCAGAAGGUGGAAGAAGAUGAGAAGAAAACAUCUCAUGAUUAUGAUGAAAAUGGUUAUGAGAAGAGAUUCAGUGAAGCAUUAGGGUUAUUGGAAAAUACAAAGCAGGAAGUUGUUGAACAUAAUGAGGAAGUAGUAAUUGCAGAGAUUCAUGAAUCAAAUAGUGAUGAUGAAGCAAGAGAGAAAGUUGUUGAGGAAGAAAAAGAAGUGAAAGAGGAAAGUGACACUGAAAGCCACAUGGAAGAAGAAGAAGAAGAAGAAGAAGAAGAAGAAGAAGAAGACAAUGGUGAGAAGUUUUAUGAUGUUUGUGAUGUGGAAAUAAUUGAGAAUUCAUCGAGUGAUUAUGAUGAUGCAGAAGAAAAUGAGAGCAUCCAUAGCUUCCAUGCUGCAAAUCGUAUUGAAAUCGAUACCAAAGUUGAGGAAUCAAGUCAAGAAGUUGAUGAUGUCAGCAAUAGCUCACCACAAGUUACAUUACAAGACACAGAAGCAAUAAUUACAGAAGAAAAACAGAUCUUUGAAACCAUUUCUGAAGAUCAAAGUCAAACUGCCUCCAUAAACAAUGAAGAUGAACAUGAACCAAAGUCUGAUGAUGAUGAUGAUGAGGUGUCACAUGACAUGGAAGAAGCCGAAGAAAAUGAUGAAAAAUCUGAAUCAUGUUCAGACAUGUUACAUGGUAUGGAGAUAGAGGUUAAAGAAUGUAAAGAAACAGAAGAAACAAUCAAGAAAGAAGAAGAAAACAACUUUCAAGAAUCUCAUUCAGAAGAAUCUGAUUCAGAAAGACCUGAAGUUAUCUUUCAAAUGGAAACAGGAACAUCUGAAGAAGCAAAGGACAUGAAUGAUGAAGCUAAAGAAUCUGAGUCAAACAAAGUGGUGGAAAAAGAAGAAGAAAAGAAGAUUGAAGAAGCAACAAAUGAAGAAAGGGAAAGAGAGAGAAAUAGAUUAGUAGUUGAAAGGGCAAUUCGGGAAGCUCGUGAGCGUUCAUUUAAUGAAGCUCGUGAAAGGGCUGCUGUUGAAAGAGCUACAGCUGAAGUUAGACAAAGGGCAAUGGCAGAUGUUCAAGAAAAAGCUGCCAUGAAAGCUUCUGAAAUAGCUUCAAAGCUUAAAGCAGAACGUGCUGCAGUUGAGAGAGCUACUGCUGAAGCUAGAAAAAGAGCUUUAGAAAAAGCAAUGUCUCAAAAGAAAGUGUCUGAAUCAAGAACAGAAGUCACUGAUGUUAGAAAAACAUCUUCUGAAUUACACAUUUCAAAUGGAACAAGUGGAGAAUCAGUUCAAAGAAGUAAAGCAAUAUUAGAAAAGCAUAACAGGAUCAAGGAAAAUGUGGCCAAAGCUCUUGCAGAGAAAGAAAAGCGUGAUCAGCUUGCCCAAAAAGAACAAGCUGAAAGAAGCAGAAUAGCUGAUAAUCUUGAUGCUGAUAUCAAAAGAUGGUCUUCUGGGAAAGAAGGAAACUUGCGUGCAUUACUUUCAACUCUGCAAUAUAUUCUUGGACCUGAGAGUGGUUGGCAAUCUGUGUCACUGACAGAAAUCAUAACCACAAGUGCAGUUAAAAAAGCUUACAGAAAGGCCACUCUUUGUGUUCAUCCUGAUAAGCUGCAACAAAGGGGUGCAAGUAUUCAACAAAAGUAUAUAUGUGAAAAAGUUUUCGAUCUUUUGAAGGCGGCUUGGAACAGAUUUAACUCAGAGGAGAGAUAGCAGCAGCCUUUGAAGCAGAAACAGGAACAAUUUCUUUCAGUUAAUUAUGAAUUAAUUUUUGAAGAAUUGUUUCAAUAUUUUGAAAUAUUUUUUGUACCAGAUCUGGGAAAUAUGUGUUAUAUGACUGGAAGUGUACAUGUACAUACAUUUACUUCCCAUUUUCAUGUUUGAAUGUUUGGAUAUGAAUACAUAAUCUUUUCAUGUUAUAUGGCUUUUUUGGGUUCAGUUUUAAUGUUGCUAU